AUGGAACCCACAAAUCACACAAAUGCUCCAGAGUUCUUUUUACUGGGAUUGACAGAUGAUCCAGAACUGCAGCCCCUGAUCUUCUACCUGUUCCUUUCCAUGUACUUGGUCACCAUCCUGGGAAAUCUGAUAAUCAUCUUGGCUGUCAUCACUGACUCCCACUUGCACACACCCAUGUACUUCUUUCUCUCCAAUCUGUCCUUUACUGACAUCUGUAUAAGCACAACCAUAAUCCCAAAGAUACUGCUGAACACAAAAGAACAGAAUAAGAGCAUCGCUUAUAUAGCCUGCCUCACACAGAUCUGCUUUGUUUUGGUUUUUGCUGGUUUUGAAAAUUGUCUCCUUGCAGCAAUGGCCUAUGACCGCUACGUGGCCAUUUGUCAUCCCUUAAGGUACACGGUUAUCAUGAACCCCCACCUCUGUGGCUUGCUGAUUCUACUCUCUCUGUUCCUCAGCAUUUUGGAUGCCCUGCUCCACAGUCUGAUGGUGUUGCAGCUGUCCUUCUGCAAGGACCUGGAAAUCCCUCACUUUUUCUGUGAACUUGCUCAGCUCCUCAAGCUCGCCUGUUCUGAUACACUCAUAAAUAACAUCCUGACAUAUUUUAUGGCUAGCAUAUUUGGCGGUAUUCCUCUCUCUGGGAUCAUUUUCUCUUAUACCAAAAUUGUCUCCUCUAUUUUGAGAAUGCCAUCAGCAGGAGGAAAGCAUAAAGCUUUUUCCACCUGUGGGUCUCACCUCUCAGUUGUUUCCUUAUUCUAUGGGACAGGUUUUGGAGUGUAUAUUAGUUCUUCAGUUACUGACUCUCACAGGAAGCUGGCAGUGGCUUCAGUGAUGUACAUUGUGGUUCCUCAAAUGGUGAACCCCUUCAUCUACAGCCUGAGGAACAGGGACGUAAAGAGAGCCUUGAAGAAACUCACCAGAAGGAAACUUUCUCUUCGAUGA